AUGCCUCUUGAGAGCACCACGCAGCCACCCUACCCCCUUCAUGAAUAUGUCAAAUUUCAUGAUAGAUACAUUAUAAAUAACCAGCAGGUCCACCGUCAUCCAGUGGAGGCAUUAUGCACCAGCGGUCCGCUAAUCCCAGGGGGGGGGGGGGUGGGACUUCUCACUGUGGGUCAAACUGAGGAUAUCUUUAUUCAACGACGGGCUAGUUCUGGUCCGGAUGUUAUGGUCCGCGCCUUUACCCCGGCUGGAGGAAUUCCACGCGGAGGAUGGCCAGUGUUUCUGUAUUUCAACGGUGGUUGCUGGGUUCUUGGGACGAUCGAGACUGAAAACACUGUUUGUACCAACCUCUGCGUUCGAGCGAACUGUGUUGUCAUUACUGUUGAUUACUACCUCGCACCAGAACAUCCCUGGCCGGCUGCUGUGCAUGAUAGCUGGGAAGCAUUUCAAUGGUUAAUCUCUGAUGGAGCCUCUAAACUGUCCGUUAACCUGUCCAAGGCGGCUAUUGGAGGGUCUCCAGCGGGCGGUAACCUCGCAGAGAUUGUGCCCCAGAAAGCCCUCGCAUUGUCACCGCCAACGGCUGCGCUACCUGCAGAGAAGACGCUCUGGUAUCGAAAGCAAUACCUCCCUGAUGAAUUGGACUGGGUUCGCCCCGAAGCGAGCCCUCUAUUCUACCAAGGUGAUUGGUCACAACUACCGCGCGCAUUGAUUCUAGUCGCGGAGCUAGAUGUCUUUCGCGCAGAGGGCGAAGAGUACGCAGAGAAGCUACGGGCUACUGGUGUUCCUGUGGAUCUGCAUGUUAUGCUGGGAAUGCCGCAUCCUUUUCUCGCGAUGAAUGGCAUGCUGGAGCAAGCCCGGAAGGCCAUUAGUUUAAUUUGUGACACGCUAUCUCGAGCCUUUUGGAACAAAUGA